UCACUUCCUCUAAACUCCCUUGUAAAAGCACCCGUGCAUUCUCCGUCAUAAUAUAAAUUGGGCUACAGGUGUUCCACCUAAAGUCUUACCGGUCAAUCUACGAGUUUUUAUCUUUCUUACUUUGCCAAAUCAAGCAAACUAUUCUAGACCCAGUCUAGUAUAGUUUGACCGGUCAAGUAAUUUACACCAUCAUUUUUGGCGCCACCCGUGGGACCGUUAAGGUUUCUUCUCUUCUAAAACCUACCCACAAGAAAACCACUCGAAAUGUCUUCCAGCCAACAGGUCAACGCUACUUCCGCUCAGGUGCAGGCCACCAACGAGGGUGCCAGCAUCCCUGUGGCUGCUAUCAUACCGGUCAUUUCAGCCCCGGUGUUGCCUCUGGGUCUGAGCUCUGUCCCGACGGCCAGCGUGAUCAGUCCCUUCGCGACCCCCGUCCCUUCCGCUGGACCGAGGGUCACGUUCCCACCAAGCAUGACUCAGUUCAUGAAUGACCCAGCCAACCUACAAGCCAUCCAGGGCUUCGGUCAGGUCAUGGCCAUGUGCCAACAGAGCGGGGGGAUGCCUUUUCUCCCUGGUAUGUUCCCGUUCGCUCUUCCAGGCGCGGGAACCAUGCCCCUGCAAGCUCCGAUGGCGGUGACGUCGUUCCAGAUGCCGGUGCCGCAGCCAUCACCUUUCCAGCCCCAGCUGGUCAGCACCAUAGCCCCUGUCAACUUGACCGGCGCACUUAACGCUGCAGGGCCGUCGCGUCCCCCGCAAGGUACGAAUCCGCAAAUCACCCCUGAUGGUCAUUGCGUCUCAAUUGAGAGUGAUGACGGCGAGUGGGACAUUCCAAGGGCCCACAAGAAGAAGAAAGGAAAAAACUUCCGGCCAGCGACCUCCCGAAACUCCGCCUUCGAAAGGCUGGAGGAUAGGGAGGAAGGCCAGCCAAGCAAAGGCUGGGGUAGAGCGUUGCCCAUGUCAGCGCGGUCCCCGUUCACCACAAGGGUCCAUCUGACACCUUUCCCGCGAAAGGUCAAGAUCGACGCCCCCAGAUUCACCAGGAAGGAAGAUCCGGAAAUCCAUCUGGACUCCUUCAACCAGAGUGCGACCAUGAACGGUUGCACCGAUGAAGAAAAGUGCCUUCUUUUCUUCCAGACCUUGCGGAACCGAGCCACUGAAUGGUUCAAUAAGCUUCGUCCGAGAAGCAUUGAUUCGUUCAGUGAUUUGGCCUCAAAAUUCAAGGCCAAGUUCCAGGAGAAUUGCACUAAGAGGAAGAAAUUCACCUAUCUUAGUACAGCCGGGCAGAGGGAGUCUGAGAACCUUACUCAGUUCCUUACCCGGUGGAAGGAAGAGAUGGAUGACAAGACCGUCCUGCCCCUCCUCUUGAGUGGCUUGCGUGCUAGGGAACUAUACAAAGAGUUCUGCCAGAAACCCCCAGCCACGUACCAAGAGGCCUACCACACUGCAUGGGAGUUUGCUGAAGCUGAAACCCAGCUUCGGGCAAAGAGAGAAGCUGAGCAUGGUCACAAGCCCAAGCCAGUGCAAGUCAAGAAGGAAGAAGCACCGGGACCUAGCCGGCCGAGGCACCACUAUGACCCGGUCAUCCGAGUGGUCAAUACGGAAGAAUGCCAAGAAGUCCGGAAGGCACCGGUCAUUCCUCUAGAAAACCCUACCGGUCAAGUAGGGCGGCAGUGGUCGGGCACCUAUUGUUCGUACCACAGGUCAGAUUCCCAUAACACCUCCGAAUGUAAGAGUGUUAAGGGAGUAAUCCGGCAGAUGAUAGACAGUGGAGAGCUGGGCAAAGAUUACUUGCAGAAAGCCGAAGAGAAGAGUCAUCAAUGGGUUAGGCCAACUGCCCCGGGAGAUGACCGGGACAACGACCGGCGGAGGAAUAACCGGCCAAGGGAGCGGCAACCUGCUCCCGAAAAAGAGCACAUCGGCAUGAUCUUCGGUGGACCUGAGGGUAGAGAUUCAGCCGCGCAGCGGAAGAACUGGGUUCGGAGCAUUUACGUUGGAGAGGUAAGUGCUGAACCGCCCAGGCGUAAACAUACUAGGAGGGAGCCGAUCGUCUUUACUGACCGGGAUCUCCCUCCUACCGGUGAAGAUCACAAUGAUCCAUUGGUCAUCACUAUGGACAUUAAUGGGGUGGACGUCGCCCGGGUACUUGUUGACACCGGCAGCAGUGUCAACAUCUUAUACCUGGAGACUUUCCAAAAACUCAGGUUUUGUCGGACACAACUUGAACCCCUCAAAACCCCUCUCUCAAGCUUCACGGGAGACACCGUUGAAGCCGAAGGAUCCAUAGUUCUACCGGUCGAACUAGGAUCAGGUGAAAAGACCGUGUGGAAGAAGAUGAGGUUCAUAGUUGUGGACAUCAAAUGCGUCAACAACGCAAUUCUUGGAAGGCCCGGCAUCAAUAAGGUUGGGGCGGUGAUUUCCAUGCCCCACCUGUGCAUGAAGUUCCACACUCCAGGUGGUGUGGGUGAGGUGAAGGGUGACCAGAGGAACGCCCGGGAAUGCUAUGCCCGGGAAGUCAAGAAGAUGACCAAGGGGGUCAAUGUCAUCUCCCAAGAAAUCACAAAGGGAGAGACCCAGGAGAAAUUGGAGCCCGAGGCCGAGACGGUGGAAAUCGAACUUCACUGGGGUGAUUCUUCGAUGAUGGUCCGAAUUGGAGCAAAUCUCCCCGAGGAUCUCAAGGUAGAGAUUACACGGGUCCUCCAAGAAUACGCGGGCAUAUUCGCAUGGAGCGUGGCGGAUAUGCCCGGAAUAGAUCGCUCUGUCAUCUACCACCGGUUGGCCGUGAGGGAAGGAAGUCGACCGGUAAGCCAGAAGAAGCGGUACCUGGCCAGUGACUGGCGAGACUUCUUCAAGAAGGAAGUGAAGGACCUCCUCAGUGUUGUGUUGCGAAAUUCAACAUCCUCCGAGAGGAUGGUGAAGUGGGCGAUGAUGUUAACUCAAUUCAAUAUUGAGUACCGGCCAAGGUCAGCAAUCAAGGGACAGGCCCUUGCUGACUUCCUGGUAGAAAUGACCGGUCUAACUCCAGACCUACCGGUCAACAGGCCCACUGAGCAAUGGUGGGAGAUGGCAGUUGAUGGGGCAUCCGGUCCUAGAGGAUACGGGGGUGGUAUCGUGUUCACCACCCCAGAAGGGUUCAAGAUCUACCAUGCAAUCAUCUUCAACUUCAAGCUGACGAACAAUGAGGCAGAAUAUGAAGCUCUGGCUCGAGGGCUCAGACUUGCCCAAGCCUUGAAAAUCAGCCGGGUCAGUAUCAAAUUUGACUCUAGCCUGAUUGUUGGGCAAGUGACCGGUAACAUGGAGGCAAGGGGAGAACGCAUGGCACAAUACAAGGACCUUGUACUUGCCCUGUUGAAAGGCUUCGAAGAGUUCAAGAUCGCCCAAAUUCCCCGGGCGGAAAACGUGGAUGCAGACCUUCUCUCCAAAUUGACACAGUAUGCUCCCGAGCAUGUUUCAAAACUUGCCCGGGUAGAGAUCCUUGACCGUGCAAGCAUCGAAAAAUUGGAAGUCGCCGCUAUAACGGCCGGAAGCCAAUGUGACCGGUCAAACUUGGUCGGGGCGGACGACCAUUGGAUGUAUGAUCUGAUGGAAUAUUUGACGGAUGGGAGCUUGCCAGAACAAGAUGACCGGGCAAGAAAAGUGAAGCUCAGGGCCCCCCGAUUCUAGGUUCUCGAUGGAAAGCUGUAUAAAAGGGCGUUUGGGGG